CCCGAGGCAGCAGCUAGCGCAUAUCCACUUUGCCACUUUUGUCAUCUGAUCUCUGGACUUCUCUACGUUAGAUGUAGUGAACGACCAACAUAACGUACUCACCCUCGUUAUUAAGGCCCCAAGAACUACGCUUAUCCAGAGUUUCACCAAUGACAAAGUGCAUGUGGUGUUUUCAGCGAUCCUAAGAUGCUUGAUUCGCAUAGAUGGCGACACACAAGAGGACGCGAACGGGAUGCUGGACCUGCAGGGAAGCGGGAUAUAAAUGCGACGAACAGAAACCCUUUUGCAGCCGUUGCACCAGACUGAAGAUCAUUUGUAAAGGGUACGGCGUCAAGCUCAAAUGGCAAGAUGGCACCAGCACACCGGCAAAACUAUCUCGAAAAUCUACCAGGAAAAGGUCUGUCGACCAGCUCUCGGUCUCAAUGUCAACCCCAGGCUCCAUGGUCAGCCGCUUCUCGACGCCGUUUUCACUAUCUAGUCCCGAGAACGCGUUCUCUUCGCCCGAAUCCACCAAAAGCAUGCCUCUGCUGCCAGCUGUCUCCCCUGGCCCAUCGUCGGACUUGUCACCAGGGGAUAGAUAUCUCUUCCAUCACUGGAUAGACCAUCUCUCUACGCUAAUAUCGGUUGCUCCAAGAAACGCAAACUCCACGCCAUUCCAGCUCCAUUUGACAUCUAUGGCCUACGACUCUGCGGCGCUGAGAUCAACGAUCUUGUCCAUGGCAGCGAACCAUCUUGGAUCACUAUCGAACAACUCAUCUUUACGCUUACAAGCCUACCGCCAUCAGCGAGAUGCUAUCCGCGAGCUUCAGCAGAUCAUUCAAGAGCCUGGCGAUAGAAACCAUGAGCCCGCAUUUGCGACUGUCAUGAUGAUGCAAGUAUCUUCACGACUCUUUGGCGUUGAUGACGAAGCCAACGUCGCAAACCAUUUGAUGGGGGCCAAAGCGAUGGUAGCCUGUCAUAAAGAGGAGGACUGGGCCGCUUCAUCCAGUGCCCGUUUUCUGAUGAGUCUGUUCGCGUACCACGACAUACUGUCAUCUGUCUCAAGAGGGGCGCGACCAUUAGUGGACCAUGCAACCGACUUCACAGCACUCGAGGGCGAGAAAGACAUGGAGAGCAUCGCCAACGUACUCUUAGUUGUUGCGCGUAUCAGCGAGCUACAACAAACCAUCAAGCGACGCAGAAUGGAAUCGACAGAAACGGCACUAUCCGAGGAAGAAGAUGCAACAGGGAGAGUCCUCCAACAAAUAUUAUUAAAUAUGGAUUUCAAGACGUCGAAUCACAACGGACUAAGCAACGAGACCGAUGUUCGAAACACAGCCGAGGCCUACCGACAUGCCGCAUUCAUCUAUCUCUACCGCACCUGGCUCGAUAUCGGCGCCCCCAACCCCAUCAGCGUGGAUCACGUGCAGCGCUGUCUCAGCUACAUCGAGCAAGUAGACGUCCGGUCGCCGCUUACCACGGCCCAUAUCUGGCCGUUGUUCACAGCUGGGUGCGAGGCGGUCGACAAUGCACAACGUCAGUUCGUUCGUGCUCGCUUCGGAGACAUGUACACUACGAAGCAGUUUCCUAGUUUGAAGCGCGUCAUGAGGGAUAUCGAGGACGUGUGGGCUGCUAAAGAUAUGGAACAGCUGGUGCAAGGUCAGGAUGGCAUGGCGAAGGUGGAUUGCAUUCAGGUUAUUCUGAGACGGAGGGGGCGCGAGGUGGAUCUCGCUUGAUAUCAGGCUGGAAGACUAGUGCGUCAUUCGUAGCUUUUCUCGUCUUGAUGGUGGCCCGCGAAGAAAAAAGUGUUGUAAUAGCGGCUCUUAUAUUCUAUCAUUAUUCUAAGGUCCCUCUCUUCGUAUUUGAACCUAA